AUGGGACACAUGAGCUACCCCUCCCAGAUGGAUAGCCCCUCCAGGCAACUCGUCCUGGAUUUAGCACGGGACCUUGAACAGCUCCGCGUGCACAACACCGAGUUGAAGAAGGUCAAAGCCUACGAACGCCGAUCCUUUUAUGAGAAUCUUGACCGAAUCGAUAGCGAACUUGAGGCCCAGCACAAUGCGGCCCUUGACAAAGCUGCCGCUCUGCAUGAUCGCGUACUGGUGGAGGCCGAGGAGACGUUGCGCGCACACCAGAGAGCGGUAGAGGAGGAGCUCCGUCGAAGAGAGGAGGAGGCACGGAAAGAAGCGGAACGCAUAGAACGAGAGAAGGCAGAGAAACUACGGCGAGAGCAGGAGGAGGCUGCACGGCGUGAAGCUGAGCGCAGAGCAGCCGAGGAAGCAAAGAAGAAGGCGGAGGAAGAGGCGGAGAGGAAGAAGAAAGCGGCGCAGGAAGAGGAGGCGCGGAAAGAACGAGAGCGAUUAGAGGAAGAGAACCGCAAGCGUCAGGAGGAGACACGGAAGGCAGAGCAGGAGGCCUCCCAACGCCAAGCGGAAGCCGCACAGAAGGCACAGGCGGAGCGACAGCGGCAGGUUGGAGGCGCCCGUCUUACGGACGAAGAAAUCAAGAUCCAGGCCCGCUACGUGGAAUUACAUCAACAUCUUAAGAAAUUCCGGCAAUACUUGAAGAACGAAGCGAAAACCAAUGCCAUUGUCAAGCAGAACAUGGGCGAUAUGCGGCGAACGAUCAAGAAGUGUGUUGGACAACUACGUGAAGGCAAGGGAGCCAACAAAACCCAGCUUCAAGAGAUUCGUACUACGCUGGAGAAAGCUGCCUCCAUUGCUGAACCGUCGGUAGAUGUUCGCCAGUUCAUCGCUUUCCCGCCCGAGAAUAUUGCCAAUUCCGAUGACAACAAGGUGCCUGCCCUUUUAAUCUACGCCUUGAACAUCUUCUCCAAGUGCAUGAUUUCUUCCCUCAUAACGGAGGCGUCCAUCAACCUGGGCCAUGCGGAGCCGGUCGGGAUCGUCGCGGCCCAGAUAUUCUCCGCCGAUGCCUUCAUCUACAAGGGCUGCCACAUGGUCGACAUUCUAUUAGCCAAGUACCGUGUCGUUUGCCCAGCGCUGUGGGGAUUCCAUGGCAGUGAGAAGACCGAGGGUGGCCGACGUGCCCUGGGUUGGUGGCGCGAAGGGCCGGACGGGCCGUACAUCAGCGAACAGGCCCACGCCGACCGAAUGACAGCUCUAGGUGCGGGUUAUGCGGCCUUGACCCUGCGCAAUUUUGGCAAAACCGCGCGCAAGAACCCUUUCCCCAACACCAUGUUUUGGUAUACCAUGCAUAAAAUCCUGAAUAUCCCGCCGGCAGAGAUCCAGGAUACCCAUGUUACCCUGCUUUCGGCUAUGCUGAAAUCGUCGGCCGAAAGAAUUGUUGGUUUCUUCGGGCAUAUCGGACUGGCGCUGAUGAGGAAGGCUAUAGUCGAAUUGCCCGAAAGCCUGCCCCGGCAGAGCAUGAGCGUUAACCAACUCAAGCUCCUCAAGGAUCUGUAUAAACGAGAGAAGAACAUUUUGCUGUGA